CUGAGCUUUGUUAUUAGCUGCUUCACCACCUUUGCUUCUCAUCUUCCUAUCUUUGUUACAACAAUGGAUGUUAUAGGUUUUGGUUUCAGACCCACAGAAGAAGAACUUGUCGACUAUUACCUCAGACACAGGUUGCUCGGUGAUGAUCCACAAGUCCACGUCAUCCCCGACAUCGACCUUUGUGAAGUGGAACCUUGGGACGUACCAAUGUUAUUCGGGGAAUCAGACGUGCAAUUCGAUUUUCGAGAAUGGUUUUUCUUCAGUCCUGUUGGUUUCAAGUAUUCAAACAGUAAAAGGAUUAACAGGACAACCAAGUGUGGCUUCUGGAAACCCACUGGAAAAGAUCGUGAGAUUAGGAGCUCCGACUCCAACAUUCUCAUUGCCACAAAAAAGACUCUCGUUUACUACAAAGGCCGCGUUUCACGUGCUGAGAAGUCCAACUGGGUUAUUCAUGAAUACCAUGCUGUUACCUUUCACGAAAGCCAGAGGACUUUCGUUUUGUGUCGCUUGAUGAAGAAACCUGGGGGAACAACUGAAGAUGGAGGUGAUGAAGGGGAGAGCAGUAGAAUCAUGGUUCCUGGCUAUGAGAAUCAGUCAAUAGCAGGAGGCAUUCCUUCAGGAAUUACUUUUACUGGAAUGGAAACGACCUUACAGCAAGACGAAACGUCUUUUCCAAACUCCUCAUAUCACGAUGCCUAUUUUAGAAAUGAAUCUAACAUUGAGCAUAUUUCAUAUGAAAUUACUCAGCAAGAGGAAUUCCUGAAUUCUAUUUUUGUUCAUGACGGUUAUGAUAAUAAUGAACAAAAUAUAAAUACCUUCUACAAUACUUUCACCCCAUCGGAGUCAUUGAGAAAGGUAUACCAUGAGAGUAAUGAUACGGAUGCUGAGGCCGUCUACGAACAGGGUGAUAAUAUUAUGAAUAUUUCAACAGUGUUUAAUAGAUAUCUUAACUUAGAUGAAUACCAUUCAUCAAAAAGGUUUGAUUCUGAAUUAUCAGACGUGGAUGUCGAGGAAGGUGUAAGUGUGCCAUCUUCCGUCCAUGAAACAAACAAAGAGAAAAAGAAGAAGAAAAAGAAGAGCAUAUUUUCUUUCUUCUAAUCAUCACAGAGGAAGGUUUCAAAGAAUGCAGUAUUCCAUGUAGAGGCUCGGAAGAUUUUCUCAUUGUGAAUCAGAAGAACCGGAAGCCAUCAAUCUUCUGAUAACAGUAGUAAAGAUUCUUUCAUCUAUAUGGAGACAACGUCAUCAAGACAACGUAGUUUUAAUGGUUUUUAUGUGUGUAUUAUCACGUUAGUUUGGAAGUAUUAUCACUUUAAGUACAUGUAGUAUAUGUGAAGGGCUGAUGGUGAGUGUUACCAUAGUUCCUUUCCUUGUAUUACCAUGUUUUUUUUUAACUGAGAUGAAGUUUCUUAUUUGUAGCCAAUCUAGUUGGUGCUUCUUAAAAGCAGUGUGCAUUCAUUUGAAACAUAUCUGAGUAAGCCUAUGUGAUCAGUACAGAAAGUGUUUUUGUUGCUGUUCAAAAACAUGAUGGUAUGUCUGUCAGGUCAGAUGUUCAAUAUGCAGUCAAUGACAUUGUUGUUUUCUUAUCCAAUAAAGAAGAUCUUUAAGCAAAUCUUUAUUGUUCCAAGACAGCAAUAUUAUGCAGAGAGUUUUACAGUAGACAAAGAGGAAGAGAAACUAGUGUAGUGUAUUUCUCAUUAUCCAACAACGAAAGUACAAGACAA